AAGAACACUUUGUCAUUUUGGUUAGCUCCACUCUUAAAUAGCCAAUCAACGGUAAUUUAGAAUAAAACUGACUACAGAAGAGAGAAGAAGAAAAUCAAAGAAGAAAUUUUUAGUGGGUAGAGCAAACAGAAAUGAUCUGAAAGCCAGCACAAUUCAGAGGUUCACACAGACUCUUUCUCUGAAGGAAAACCAAUGCCUUUAUAUACCUCUCCAUUUCUUCUUUACCCGUCACCAACUGCUCCAACUGUCAACUGCCAUUUCCCUCGUCGACGCGGCGCCACGUGCCCUUCAUCUUCUCUACGGCGCCGUUUCACCUCCAAAGUGAAACCCUUUCUCCCACUUCCACUCCAUUCCGCCAAGGUUUUCAGAAAACCCAAUUUGCAGUGCUCGGCCUCCUCCUUAUCCAUGUCUGCAGAGGAGUCCGCUUCGACCUCUCAGGGUAGCUUGUUGUAUUCAAGGGCAUUAUGGGUUAGUGAAUCAAUUAUUGCUUGGAAUGUGUAUGUUGGAAAUGGUUCCUGCUAUUUAUUGGCCAGUAAAACUGCUGCUUUAUCUCUUACAAGUGAUGGAAUUCUAGGUGAGGAUGUAAAAGUUAAGCUUGAAGAAGAUAAGCACGGGCUUCCAGAAAAUGUGAAAGAAAAAUUUCCUCAUAUCAAAGAUUACAGAGCUUUUAAUGUGCCCCCUGAUUUGGACGCCAAACCUCUUCUCAAAUGCCAAUUGGCUGUUGCUACUUUCAAUUCUGAUGGAAGGUGCAGUGAUGCUACUGGUCUGCAAUUACCUGGUAUCCUAGAUGACUUGUUCUCAUAUAAUGGUCCCCUUGGUGCACUUUAUUCAAAACAAUCAGUGUCACUUUACCUUUGGGCGCCUACGGCUCAGGAAGUAUGUGUUUGCAUUUAUAGGGAUCCAUCAGGUGGGAGUCCCCUAGAAGUAGUGCAACUUGAGGAAUUUAAUGGCGUUUGGAGUACUAAAGGACCAAAAAGUUGGGAAGGCUGCUAUUACGUGUAUGAAGUGUCUGUAUAUCAUCCUAGCACCUUGAGAAUUGAAAAAUGCUAUGCAAACGAUCCAUAUGCGAGAGGGCUCUCAUCAGAUGGCAGGCGGACAUUGUUGGUCAAUCUUGAUUCUGAUAAUAUAAAACCUGAAGGAUGGGAUAAUUUGGUAGAUGAGAAACCUGAUAUACUUUCUUUUUCCGACAUAAGUAUUUAUGAGUUGCACAUAAGAGAUUUCAGUGCCAGUGACCAGGCUGUGCAUCCUGAAUUUCGUGGUGGAUAUCUUGCCUUCACUUUGCAGGUAAUUCUGGUGCCUAAAGGAAGCUAUGCAAGUAAUGCAAAUGGUACAUACCGUGCAAUUGAGUUUAGGAAGAUGGUUCAGGCGCUUAACCGUUUUGGCCUUCGCGUUGUCUUGGACGUUGUUUACAAUCACUUGCAUGGUAGUGGGCCCGUUGAUGAUAAUUCUGUUCUUGAUAAGAUUGUUCCAGGAUACUACUUGAGAAGAAAUGCAGAUGGCUUUAUUGAGCAUAGUACAUGUGUGAACAACACUGCUAGUGAGCAUUUUAUGGUUGAGCGCUUAAUUGUUGAUGAUCUAUUGCACUGGGCAGUUGAUUAUAAGGUUGAUGGGUUCCGGUUUGAUCUUAUGGGUCAUAUAAUGAGAAGAACAAUGGUGAAAGCAAAAGAUGCACUCUGCAGCCUAACAAAGGAAAGGGAUGGAGUUGAUGGUUCAAGUAUCUACAUAUAUGGUGAAGGAUGGGAUUUUGGUGAAGUUGCCAACAAUGGGCGCGGAAUAAAUGCCUCGCAGAUCAACAUUCAUGGAACUGGAAUCGGGAGUUUUAAUGAUCGAAUACGGGAUGCGAUACUUGGUGGAUCUCCAUUUGGCCAUCCUCUUCAGCAAGGAUUUGUGACUGGACUACUCUUGCAGCCUAAUGGUCACGAUCAUGGUCCAGAAGCUGUUGCAGAACACAUGCUUGCUGAAUCAAAGGAUCAUAUUCAGGUUGGCAUGGCUGCAAAUCUGAGGGACUUUGUUCUAACCAAUUGUGAAGGGAAAGAGGUAAAAGGAUCAGAAGUAUUGACAUAUGGUGGGACACCUGUAGCAUAUACUUUAUGUCCUACUGAAACUAUCAAUUAUGUUUCAGCUCAUGACAAUGAAACUCUGUUUGACAUAGUGAGUCUGAAGACUCCAAUGGCAAUUUCUGUAGAGGAGAGAUGCAGGAUAAAUCAUUUGGCGACAAGUAUAAUAGCACUAGCACAGGGAAUACCAUUUUUCCACUCCGGCGAUGAGAUACUGCGGUCGAAAUCACUUGAUCGUGACUCGUACAAUUCUGGUGAUUGGUUCAAUAGUAAGCCUCAGAAGAGUCACAUCAUCACUGCUGUGGAAAAUUUCUCAAAUUUGUUACGUAUUAGGUACUCUUCGCCACUUUUCCGUUUGAGGACGGCAAAUGCUAUUCAGGAACGGGUACGUUUCCACAAUACUGGCCCUUCACUGGUCCCUGGAGUCAUAGUAAUGAGCAUUGAAGAUGGUCAUGAAGGAGUGCCAGGGUUAUCUCAGCUGGAUCCAAUCUACUCAUACAUUGUGGUUAUCGUCAAUGCAUGUCCAACUGAGGUGUCAUUUGCAAGUCCUUCUCUUCAGGCUCGUACUCUCCAAUUGCAUCCUGAGCAGGUAAUGUCAACUGAUGAAAUUGUCAAGAGAUCUACGUACAACGCUUCCGUAGGAUGUUUUACUGUGCCUCCAAGGACUACGUCCGUGUUCGUUGAGCCUAGGGGAGUUUGAGUAGCUCUGCUGUAGACAUGGUCCGCUAAGGAUGUCAUAAGUUUUGAGUGCCAUGGUUGACUAGAGUAUGGUUCAUAUCUACUUGUUGGCGUACGCUUAGCCUCAACAUCAGUGGUUUUGGUUCUGCUGUGGAGGAGUGGGAGAGGCAAAACCCAAUGAUUUUCUUUUUAGGCACUCAUAAGUGUUCAGUGGAAAACUGAAAAAAUAUACAAACACAAGUUGUAUAAAAAUUGGGCAACUCUAUUUGCAUCUAGCGAUGCACAAAAUGCACUCUCUAAAUAUUGAGAUAAUGCACGACGAGUUUUGUUUAAUAAA